AUGCCCAACGCCACUUCUGCAGGAGCGUUGGAGAGGCUUGGAUCUGGCAUGCAUUGAUUGCUAAAGAUGUGAAAAUGGCGGAGUUACAAAUGCUUUUGGAAGAGGAGAUUCCAGCUGGACGUAGUGCAUUAUUAGAUAGUUUUACCAAUUUAGAAAGAGUUGCCGAGUAUUGCGAAAGCAACUAUGUUCAGUCACCAGAUAAGCACAGAGCGUUGGAGGAGACUAAGAACUACACCACCCAGUCCCUGGCCAGCGUAGCCUACCUGAUCAACACCUUGGCCAACAAUGUCCUGCAGAUGCUUGACAUUCAGGCCUCUCAGCUCCGCCGCAUGGAGUCCUCCAUCAACCACAUCUCACAGACAGUGGACAUCCACAAAGAGAAAGUGGCAAGGCGGGAGAUUGGCAUCCUGACCACCAAUAAGAACACCUCUCGCACGCACAAGAUCAUUGCUCCGGCCAAUCCAGAGAGGCCGGUGCGCUACAUCCGCAAGCCAAUUGACUACAGCCUGCUGGAUGACAUGGGCCACGGCGUCAAGUGGUUGCUAAGGUUUAAGGCCAGUGCUCAGAACAUAAAGGCUGGAGCCGCAGGUCUCCCUCGCACCAACCCACCAACACAGAAGCCCCCCAGCCCACCCAUGUCAGGGAAGGGAACCAUUGGGCGCCACUCCCCCUAUAGGACACUCGAGCCGGUGCGUCCUCCCGUUGUCCCUAACGACUACGUCUCGAGCCCGACGCGCCAUGGCAACAUGGCGCCCCCACAGCAGAGCCCUGCACGCACUGCGUCUGUUAAUCAGAGGAACCGCACGUACAGCAGUGGCAGCAGUGGAGGCAGCCACCCUAGCAGCAGCAGCCGCAGCAGCAGCAGAGAGAACAGCGGCAGCGGCUCCGUGGGCUUGCCUAUCGCCGUGCCAACGCCUGCCCCGCCCCCCACAGCAUUCCCAGGUACUGCCCCUGCCCUUCCCAACCCUGCUAAGCCACCUCCCACUACCACCACUACUCCCGUCCCACCUGAUGGCCUCCCUGUACUCUCUCUAGCUCCUAACCCCUCCCCCACCCCCCCUCCUGAGGGUCCACCCGUGCCCCCUCCCCCACCCCAGCUCCCCACUGCCGUCACUAGCACCGGCCCUGCUGCUUUCAGCACCCCCGCACAAGGUGCCCCCCAGUUCUUCAGCAUGAACCGACCGGUGCAACCACUGAACCCUCCUGCGGUGGGGGGGUCUCUGCCGUACCGCCGGCCCGCGUCAUUGACAGGCCAGCCCAACUCCAACAUGCCCCUGGCCCUGAACCAGCCCAACGGAGGACCCCACUUCAACCAGGUCCCAGCAGGUCCUCUUGUUGCCCCCCCUCCCCCGUCCAUGCAGAUCACUCCCCAGCUCCCUCUGAUGGGCUUUGUGGCUCGGGUACAGGAGACCAUCUCAGACGUGCCCCCUCCCCCGCCCCCCAUAGAAGAAGCUGUGUUUGAGGAACCCACCCCGCCCCCUCCACCUCCAGAGGACUAUGAGGAUGAUGAUGAGGAGGAGGAAGAGUCGGCCGUUGUGGAGUACAGUGAUCCCUACGCAGAGGAGGACCCCCCGUGGGCCCCACGCACCUACAUGGAGAAAGUGGUGGCGAUCUACGACUACGCGGCGGACAAGGAGGACGAGCUGUCCUUCAACGAGGGCGCCAUCAUCUACGUCAUCAAGAAGAACGACGACGGCUGGUACGAAGGAACGAUGAGUGGCACCACCGGCCUCUUCCCCGGGAACUACGUCGAGUCCAUCAUGCACUACGCCGACUGAGGAGAGGUGUAGAUAGGAAGGUCAAAGACUUUGUUAGGCAGAGCAUGAUCACAUUGUAGAAGUCGACGAGGAGAUGAGCGUUCAUGAAGAGUAUACAACUAUCCUCAACCGGUCUACCAGAUGAAGUACAUUGUACAACGGCCACUUGUAGAUAUUCCCUGUGUUUUUGAAUGAUAUGAGACUGUAUGGUGGUGGUUUUUGUAUGUACUAUUAGGGCUUCAUUUUGUCUUUACUAUUAUUAUAAUGAAGGCCACAAGGAUUAUUGUGAUUUAAAAAAGUAUUUUUCUCAUCUCCUUUUGCCCGUUUGCGCUUAUUUUAAAGUUGUAUUUAUUUGGACCAUGUAUUAUAUAGGGAGGGAUGGUACGGUGGGCAGGGCUGCUGAUUUAAGGAUAGAAAUAUUUGCCAGAUUAUCCCAAUGAAGUUCUCUACUCUCAGCCCAAGAGAAGACACUAGAUGAGAAUGCUUUCCAAUAUUUUCUCUCCUGACAUUCCCAGAGCCUUUCUAGACUCAUAUUUUAUUUAAAACCCGGAGCUCCUAUUGGUUAGUGGGAUGAGAUGGACUAUUGUGCUUACUUUAUAUGAUGUCAAGUUUGGCAACACAACAAAGCUUGACAGUCCCUGACAAAACAUAGACAUUAGUGGUGGGUAAGACUGGGGGGAUUCAGUAGUUAAUGAAUUGGUUCUGGCACCAGGCUAGCUAGAGCAGCUUAAAACGCUAGGGCUUAGAGCAUGCUCAGUCACUACUGCACUUGCCUCACUUCACAGGCCAGUUAGGUAGAGCAGUUGUUUCUCAACCUUUGGUCCCUGAGAUGACGACACUGAUUUGGUGAGCUCUAAUUGAAGACUGCUUCAAAGGCACAAAACAAGUUUGAGAAACAGCAGUCUGGCCCAAAGUAGAAAGGAUAACGCAAAAUUAGUGUCUUAAGUCACUGCCUCACCUUGUAAUCAAGACAGAAGAGAUUGAUUUUGCCUGUCUUGGUAGAGGGAUUGUCAGGAAGCCACCUUUUAGGUAGACAAACAUUCUGGCCACUCAUUUGCAUCAACGAUUUCAAUAUUUCAUUCUUAUUGUCGUGGGACCUCACCAAAGGGUGGCAGACUGCAUGUUUUAUUAUUCCUGUCUUAAUAUUUUAGAUAUGGUGUGGUUAUUGGUUUGGUUUGAAAUAUUCACCCAUAUUACCAUAGUUGACAGGUGGGGUUUCAUGAUGCAUUUAUAGGAGGUGAUAAAGGAAGCUUGUGCCAUAUUGAAGUGUGUGUGUGUAAGGUAUCACUUCCAUUUGCAAUAAAAAUAGCCAGUGGGAUGGGUUUGAAAAUGUAGAUCUUUGAGUUGUUUGGAAUUGAAAGCACAUACAUUUGUAGUAAGAUAAUUGUUACUGAAAUGAUAAAAUUAAGCUGUAUUACUGCCUCGGAUGAGGACUAAUUAAAAUGAGCAUAAAAGCCAGCCGUUGAUUACAAACCGGCACCAAAACUGAUGCAUUGAGUGUUUGAGGUACAAGUAUUAUUUCCAAUGUGCUUGGCCGUGUCUGAGGGCUCUGUGCUUGUCUGUCAGUCAAAUCCUUUAUUUUUUAUUGAAAGUGCGUCUGUUCUUGCAUGCCAUUUUUCGUAAUACUGUAGUGGUGUCUGAAACCCAGUUGGCCCUUCACAAGGCAGCCCCAGAACUGGACCCUAGGGGCAAGGUCAGCGAAGCACAACCUUUUUGAAUAUUCAGAUAUGUUAUGUAGAAUAAACAUGCCUCUGACAUGUAGCAUAAGGACUCAUGUCAGCUCUAUUCAGGACAUUUAUCUGCAAUGUUCCACAAUGCUGUGCAACGCUAAAUGCAACCCCAGGUACUACUAAACCAGCCUCAUCCAAAGACUAAAGUGUAAGCUAAAUCCAUGGCAACUUUUUAUCCCAACAUCUGAAGAUCAAUUAAGUUAUGGGAUUUGACUACUCCAGGAGGAGCCAUUCAUUUAAUGUGUAAAUGGAGAAUAUAAGUGUAAGAACAAGUGGUCUAUUCCCUCAGACCAAGAUCUCUCUGGAUGUCAAGUUAAAACAGUCCAUAAUGCCAUUGUGUUGCACAGUAAAAAAAGUUUAACUUUAGAAAUAUCAUAUUUGUAAAACCAUGAGAACAAAAACCAAUAAAACGAUUAAGAUUUA